AAUUUUCAAACUUGUCUUAGCCAUAAAGGCAAUGCAAUGCCAAUGCCAUCGUUCAUGUUUCAUCCACCACAAGUUACCUCUUCACAUCCUUGGUUUAGAAAGGUCCAGCACCUUCUCUUUUCCACCACCAAUGAAUAGUACUUCCACCAACCUUCCAACCAUGUGAGCUUCACCUUUUCUUCUUCCUCGUCCAAAAUCUCUUUCUCACUCUCAAUCUCUCUUCAACUGUGACAUAAUAAUCUUCAAGACCUUUUUCAUAGCUACAACUUCUUCAUUCACUAUAAUGAUGGCAGAAGAUAACUCUACCAAGAGAAACUCCAACGUUCAGCUCCUAGAAGAACUAGAGGCUCUCAGUGAAAGCCUUUACCAAUCACACACCUCAAACACAACUAGAAGAACUGCUUCAUUGGCUCUACCAAGAGCUUCUUCACCUCCUCUUGUCUCAUCUGCUGAAGAUGACAAUGACACUGCUAAAAUUGACAACAAACAAAGCAACAAAACUCGGUCUCGCCGCAUGUCCUUGUCUAUAUGGCGAUCAAAGCCAAAGCCUGAAGAUGCCAAGGCAACUCUUGCUCAGCCAGAAGCCAAAAAGUUUAAUGACACGGAAAAUUCAGAUGAAAAGAAAGGGUUUUGGAGCUGGAAGCCUGUGAGGGCCAUUUCCCAUAUUGGAAUGCAUAAACUCAGCUGUUUGUUUUCUGUUGAAGUGGUCACUGCUCAAGGCCUUCCUUCUUCCAUGAAUGGACUGAGGCUUUCUGUUUGUGUUAGAAAGAAAGAGACCAAAGAUGGGAGUGUUCAGGCCAUGCCAUCAAGGGUUGAUCAAGGUGCUGCAGAUUUUGAGGAGACCCUUUUCAUAAGGUGCCAUGUUUAUUGCAGCCAUGGUAGUGGAAAGCAGCUUAAGUUUGAGCCGAGGCCAUUUUGGAUAUACCUUGUUGCAGUUGAUGCCAAAGAGCUUGGUUUUGGAAAAAACUGUGUGGACUUGAGCCAGUUGAUUCAAGAAUCCAUUGAGAAAAGCCAGCAAGGGACGCGUGUGAGGCAGUGGGACACAAGCUUUGGCUUAUCAGGGAAGGCAAAAGGAGGAGAACUGAUUCUGAAACUUGGCUUCCAAAUCAUGGAGAAAGAUGGAGGAGUUCAGAUAUAUAACCCUGAAGAGAAUUUUAAGUCUAGCAGGUUCAAAAAUCUCACUACUUUUGCUCGCAAGCAAUCUAAUUCAUCAUUCAGCAUGCCUAGUCCAAGAAUAACAAGCAGAAGAGAUGCUUGGACUCCUUCACAGAGAAGGUUAGCAGAAGACAUUCAAGGUGUUGAUGAUUUUAACCUCGAUGAUCCUCCCUCUACCCAGAAACUUGAUGGUGGCAAAGAGAAGGUGGAGGAUUUUGAUCUGCUGGAUUUUGAGGUUGUUGAUAAAGGAGUUGAGGUUCAAGAGAAGAAAAAAUAUGAAGGAGAAGGGUCUGAGAAAUCCAUUAAAGUGAAAUCAGCUACAAGUGAGGUCGUCAAGGAAAUAGUGCAUGAUCAGUUUCGCCAGACUAGACUAACCGAGCUUGAUUCAAUUGCCAAGCAGAUAAAGGAGCUUGUGUCCAUGAUGGAAGAUAACAAUACUUCCAUAAAAGGUGAUGAAACUGAGUCACUAAGAUUGGAUUCUGAUGAAGAAAUUGUGACAAAGGAAUUUCUUCACAUGCUUGAGGAUGAAAACAUCAGAGGUUUCAAAACCAACCAAUCUGAAAAAUCUCCAUCAGAAGUUGCAGAGGUAGAAUCUGAAGUGUAUCUCCCAGAUCUUGGCAAGGGCUUGGGGUGUGUGGUUCAAACAAGGGAUGGAGGCUACUUAACAUCUAUGAAUCCUUUGGAUAAAGUUGUAGCUAGAAAUGAGACUCCAAAGCUAGUAAUGCAGAUGUCAAAGCCUUAUGUGCUGCCAUCAAAUCAGUCUCUAAAUGGGUUAGAGUUGUUUCAGAAAUUGGCUGGCAUUGGUCUUGAUGAACUCAGCUCACAAGUUUUCUCCAUGAUGCCCUUAGAUGAACUGAUAGGUAAAACUGCAGAACAGAUAGCAUUCGAAGGCAUUGCUUCAGCCAUCAUACAAGGAAGAAACAAAGAAGGAGCCAGUUCAAGUGCUGCACGUAUAGUUUCUGCCCUCAAGGGCAUGGCAAAUGCAAUGAGUUCAGGAAGACAAGAGCGGAUCUCAACAGGACUUUGGAAUGUGGAUGAAACUCCACUUACAGCAGAGAAAAUUCUAGCCUUCACAAUGCAAAAGAUUGAGUUCAUGGUGGUUGAAGGGUUGAAAAUCCAAGCUGAUAUGGCAGAGAAAGAAGCUCCCUAUGAUGCUUCACCACUUAAAAUGGAAGGAAACAAAGACAAUGAUCUAUUAGGUUCUGCUGUUUCACUGGAGGAUUGGAUCAGAGACCAAAGCUUCACUAGCACUGGUAGAAGUUCUGAUGGUGAGCCCUCAAAUAUCACACUCAUAUUUGUUGUCCAACUAAGAGAUCCUAUAAGAAGAUUUGAAGCAGUUGGAGGUCCUGUGAUGGUGCUCAUUCAUGCAUCAAGUGAAGAGACAAGAGGGAGUGAUAAUCACCAAGAUGAUGAAGAGAAAAGGUUCAAGGUAACAAGCAUGCAUGUGGGAGGAUUGAAGGUGAGGAGUGCUACAAAGAACAACAAUGAAUGGGACAGUGAGAAGCAAAGACUAACUGCAAUGCACUGGUUGAUUGAAAAUGGGUUGGGGAAGGCAAAGAAGAAAGGCAAGCAUGCAUUGGUGAAAGAGCAAGGAUUUUUGUGGAGCAUUUCAUCAAGUAUAGUUGCUGACAUGUGGCUCAAAACCAUGAGAAAUCCAGAUGUUGAUUUGUUUCAGAAGGAAUAAGCAUAUAUCCACUGUGCUGUUAAUUAUGCAGGUAGUUUUAGCAGGUUACGAUAUAUACAACUACACAAUGUUGCAAACAUGUCUCGUGCAUGGGCUCCAGAAAAAAAUUGGAGAGAAUAUUCUUGUUA